GCGUCGUAAAACUAACACGGCAGGAAGUUAUGUUUGCACAUGCGCAAACUUGGUCAGGCAGUUUAGCGACAACUUUCUUUUGGAAAAAAUGAACGCGUUGUGUCAUGAAAUAUGAAGCAGUGAGAACAUACAUUUUGGACAUUUUACGACCGCCAGCGGAAUUAAGUGUCUUUUUUUAAACAGGUGACAUUAGCGCUCUGCUUAGCAUUAGCAUUAGCAGCGGAAGAAGAUGGCUACACCGGAAGGAGAAGAAAUGAAUGACAAUGCUACUAAAACUACUAAAGCUUCCACGUUAAUGUCGUUGCCGGAUUUUAAGAAGUGCUUGAGCUGCCGCAUCAUCUCCGGCGGCGGUCUGAUCCUGGCCGGGUUUUACGUGCACAAUGCCGCCCGCAGAGUCGUGGGUCCCAACAUGCCCACCCCCCUUGGCACCGUCUUGCAGAUCACCUUUGCGGCUUGUUUGGCUGGAUGGGGCGUGAUCGUCAUGGUUCAUCCUGUGGGGAAAAUGCGCAGAGUGGACCAGAAGUGAGGCAGCCUGGGACAAAUAUGGACAAAGACACAGUUUGAAACAGACAUAAGUAUGUGUGACAAAUAUACAUUAUAAGCAA